UUGUACGCGGUAGAGGUGGGAGCGAGAGGUAUAACAGCGAAAUCUCUCUAUAACCUACUAAAGGACUUGGGCUUGUCCAGAACUCACAUUAAUGCUUUCUUGGAACGUACAUCGAAGGCAGCCCUAGUAGGUUCUUUUCAAAUUUGGUUAGGUAGGGAGAGGAGCUUGGACAGUGGAGCUAAAAGUCCGAAGAAGAAAAAUACCCCUGGGACAGUCCGAGAGGGGGGGCGGAAGAACUGUCCACCGGUCGAUUUUAACGGCGAAAACGGCGCGAAUACGGACUUGAAAUGCUCUACGUGCGGGAAAAACUACAAGAGACGAGCCUGGUAUAUUAAACAUCUAAAAACACAUAAUGGGGUUGAAGCACGACAAUCGUCGGUAAGAUCUACAACAUUCACUUCGGAUAGAGUUGACCCUCAUGUAUCCCAUGGUCAACCAUUAACUGGAAACCACCAGGAGUCCAUUAACAUCAGGACACGUCUUAGCAUUCCUAAUCUAAAACAAUCGACUUGGAAAGUUCAUGACGACAACUUAGCGGUCCUGUUAGAGCAUCCGGGCUCGAAGCAGGAAUUGAACUCGCAGGUAGAAACUUUCCAAAAUACCGUUUAUGACUACUUUAGCGAGCAAUAUCCACCACGUAAUCAUUAUGCUCGCAAAAAUAAAGACAAUUCGUUCAAAUUAAAAAUGCGGAAGAAAAAACGGGAAUUAAUAAAAAAUCUACGUAUAGCCAAAGCUCUAGGCGACAAUCACCUUAGUCAUCAACUAGCUAGGGCGUUAAGGUCAAUCCUUAAAUUAAUCCAAGGAAUAUCGGCGCAAACUGCAGAAUAUCGCGAUAAUUUUGACCGGGCAAAACAAGAAGUAGAUUUCGAUAAAAACCCUUUUGAGUAUUCGAAAACCAUUUUUAAGAAAGAACGCGGACAGCUUCUCUUGACCAACGAUCAAAUUUACGACCAUUUUAAGAGCACAUACGAAGUGCCUAAAAGUUUAAGACGGUAUAGGGAUCCAAACGAUCAAAAACCUGAAUUUCCUCGAAUCGAAUUCCACGGCAUUCCACCAACGCUAGAGGAACUAAGUAGUCAGAUCAAGAGGAAGUCGUCUAAAUCUGCACCGGGACCCGAUGGUAUCCCAUAUAUAGUCUUUAAAAAAUGUCCAUCGGUUCGUAAACACCUCCUAAAUAUAUACGGUAAAAUCUGGUCAGGGAAGCAAAUCCCGGAGUGCUUCGGGAAAGCAAUUUUUGUCCUCAUUCCCAAAAAAGAUCGAGUUACUGAUCCGAAAGAUACUAGACCGAUAGCUUUAACAAAUACUAUAUCGAAAAUCUUUUUCUCGGUUCUACAAACGAGAAUGACGCGAUUCAUGCUCAGCAACAACUAUUUUAAGCCAAAUCACCAGAAAGGGUUUUUACCCGGGAUUUCUGGAUGCUUAGAACACAACACCUUGCUGUCGGAGAGUUUAAAAGAUGCUAGAAAAAGCGAGCGGCAAAUCACUGUUUGUUGGAUAGACUUGGAGAACGCGUUCGGGUCGAUACAACACGAAUUGAUGCUAUUCGCGCUUAGAUGGUACAACUUUCCACCCCUAGUUAGAGAUAUGAUCGCGUCGUAUUACUCAAAAUUAAGGUUUUCUAUAAUAACUAAAGAAGGCCCUUCAAAAAGUUUGAGUUAUAAUGUAGGACUGUUUCAAGGUUGUUGUCUAUCUCCAAUUGCGUUUAAUAUCGUAAUUAACAUCUUAGUAGACAAACUAAUCCAUAACGAGAAAAAAUGGGGUUAUCGGUUUAAGUUUAAUAAUAAAUACACGGAAUCCAUUUUAGCCUUCGCUGACGAUCUCGCAAUACUGACACGUAACCCCAAACACUGUCAGGUACUAUUGAAUGAAGUGGAUAAAUUCUGUGAGUGGACGGAUGGAUUGAGGACAAAACCCAGUAAAUGUCAUUGUCUGUGUCUUGGUAGGCGGAAUACAAGAUACACCUCAUACGAUCCGGGACUAUCGUUAGGCGGUCAAUGCAUUUCGACGGUUACGGAAAAUGCACCAUUCAAAUUUCUCGGUCGUAAGAUAGAUAAUAUAGGCCGUACUCCAUCUUUAGAAGGAAUAGUAGAUAGCUUUUUGAACGAUCUUAACAAGUUAGAUGCAGGCGUCAUAAAGAUGUUGAAGUUGUGGCUCGGGCUCGCUCUAACGGCUGAUUCAUCGGCGUUAUUUAGGGGAAGCAAUAGUUUUGGGAUGAGUCUAAAAAGGCCAUCGGAGCUCUAUAAACACCUAAGAGUUUCCAAGAGAUAUAUCCUGGGGAAAUCCCAUGAUGACAUAGUGACAUCGCUCCCAAAAGAUGAAGAUGCCCCCGAAAUGAUAAAUAUAAGAUCCAUGCAAUGA